UGUUUGAAACUGGUAUUUGGGUUUUCCACGUUGGAUCAAGUGCGGCGGAGAGAGAGAGAGAGAGGCAGGCUGCAUUAACAUCGCGGGAGGAACCAUAGCAGCGCCAGAGAAGCUGCUUCUUCUCUUUCUCCUCUUUCCUUUGCCAGGUGUUCUUUUUAUAUCGCAUUUUGAUUCCCACCGCAGCAGAUCCUGUCUCUGUGGGUCUGGGUUUUUCUUCUUCUUCUUCUUCUUCUUCUUAAGACCUCCCUCCCUCCCUCCCCGUUGUACACACACUUUACACACACUCGGAUCCACUCUGAUUGUUCCUACUACCGCCGCCUUGGCGAGAGAGAGAGGACUAGUUGCCGACAACGACAACAGCCAUUCAAUCAGCUGCUACGGCGGCUGGGACUUGGAGGAAGAAAAGACAACCCUCCUGAUGUAGCUCACAGUCAGCCUCAAUCCCUCUCUCUCUCUCUGGCUCCUUUUUGUCUGUUGUUUUUAGUGGUGGUCCUUUUGGUUCCCAUUGAGAGCCUCUGUUGCUGCUGCUGCUGCUGCUUUUUGGAAAGGAAGAAAAAACUCCUCUCUCUCCCAUUUGAGAGAGAGAGAGAAGAGAAGAGAAGAGAAAGAAAAGAGAGAGAGAGAGAACCUUUUUCCCCCUCGCCCGGAUGAAAAUGCUGAACCCUGCCAACGGAGGGGAGCAGCUCCAUUUAGCCAACUAUGUGGAAGAUUACAUGGACUCCAUCGAAUCCCUGCCCUUCGAUCUGCAGAGAAAUGUCUCCCUGAUGAGGGAAAUAGACGCCAAAUACCAAGAGAUUCUAAAAGAACUGGAUGAUUAUUAUGAAAAAUUCAAACGGGAGACGGAUGCAGUACAGAAGAGGAGGAUGUUGCACUGUAUACAGAGAGCACUGAUCCGGAGUCAAGAGCUGGGAGAUGAAAAGAUUCAGAUUGUCAGCCAAAUGGUAGAACUUGUUGAGAACAGAACAAGGCAACUUGACAGUCAUGGAGAACUGUUUGAGACUUGCCAAGAGACUAAUGACACCACUGGAAACAGCGGCAAAGCUAAUCAAGAUAAGUCAAAGAAUGAGACAAUCAGUCAAGCCGAGAAGCCAAACAACAAACGAUCCAGGAGGCAAAGAAAUAACGAAAACCGGGAGAAUGCGUCCAAUAAUCAUGAUCAUGACGAUAUCACCUCAGGAACUCCAAAGGAAAAGAAAGCAAAAACCUCCAAGAAAAAGAAGAGAUCUAAGGCCAAAGCAGAGAGAGAGGCUUCCCCAGCAGACCUCCCUAUUGACCCCAAUGAGCCAACCUAUUGCCUCUGUAAUCAGGUCUCCUAUGGAGAAAUGAUAGGCUGUGAUAAUGAUGAGUGUCCAAUCGAAUGGUUUCACUUCUCAUGUGUGGGACUCAAUCAUAAACCAAAGGGCAAGUGGUACUGUCCAAAAUGUAGGGGAGAAAAUGAGAAAACCAUGGACAAAGCACUGGAAAAAUCUAAAAAAGAAAGGGCUUACAACAGGUAGUUUCUAAAUCAGAGGAGAAUAGGGCCAUGAAAACAUUUAUUUAUUCUGUGUCACCUUUUGUUGGGGUACUAGGAUUGUAAAAUGUAUAUUUUUAAGGAGGUUAUAAAUCAAAACCAUUCUUGUAAUAGGGGUGGCAAUAAGGAAAUGCUUGUUUUUCCCCCCUUUGAUAUGGCUGUUAACAAGAAAACAGUCUGUGGGCCAAAGCAUACAGUGAAGUAAUAAAAGUUAACGUGUAAUGUUCGGAUUCAUCUUGUGAAAAAUAUGCCUGUACUAGUUGGUAACACUCUGCCCAUGAAAAUGUAGAUAGUCAACACGUCUUGGAUAGCAUUCCAUUUUACUUUAUAGAAGGAAUGCCGUUUAUCUUUCCAGCAAAUUGUUCUGUAGUCUCUUUAAAUGAAGCAGCAGUACACUACAAAUUUAUCCUGAACAUAAUUGACCACACUCCCAAAAAAGAGCAUACAGUCCUUAUGCCCAUUUAUUUUACUGGGCUUAAGUUGUAUUUAACUCUGGGCCAUUUACCUGGAACAAGGUCUUGCCUGUUUCACACACUGCAAUUUCCAAAAAGAAAAGAAAAGUGGUUUAAGGUUACAGCCCUGUUUUAAAUACCUUGCUAAGAAUUAAGCCUCAUUGUUUUCAGUGAGACUUAUUUCUAAGGGAUAUGUUUAGAGCGGGGUACAAAACUCAUCUGAUGAUGCGCAGUAGCAUGUAAGAACUUAGAGAAUGGCUCCUGUUAAGUGUGUCCGUCUAGCAGCUCCGUAAUAUGUUUAACUACAGCUACAAGCUUAUUUUUUAAAAAUGCAAAAAGGUUAAAUUUUACACAACAUAUUUUAUAUAUUGGCCAAGUACCACAAGGGCCUUUUAAAAUGAUUUAGUAUAUUUUGUAUUUAACCAGGAAGUGGUUUAGUAAUGAAACUUAACAUAAAUCAAAGCUUUAUACUGUCACAGAUAAUAGAGUAGCAGUCUUUACUUUGUAUAAGUUGUAAAAAUGUACAUUUUCAAGUGGAGUUGCACUUAACUGUAUUAUAAUUGGGGAUGCAUCCACAUGCCAUGGUGUAACCAAUAUGCAUUUCCUUCUGUAUGUAUGAAAAUUGUACAGCAGUGAUAUUAAGGAAUAAAUUAAAGAAGUUGGAUAAUUUUG